AUUCAAUUCAAUUCAAUUCCAUUCUUCUCAAACCCUAAUUCUUUCCCUAAAUUCCAGAUAGAGAGUGAGUCGGCGAUUCGAUUCCGCUUUAUCUCACCGGCCGCAUUUUCCAUGGCGAAGAGAAAGCGAGGCCGGUUCGUCGGGUUCGGGUUCUGUUAUUGCGUCGUGACGCUUUUGAUUCACGCGAGGGUUUCGUCUGCGGUGAGAUCCGAUAAGGAAAUGAGGGAGAGGUUCUACGGCACUACUAUGAUUAACUCCUCCGCGCCGGUGAAUAACGACGGCACCAUCGCCAAAAUGUUCGAUCGGGUUCUGGAGAAGGAGUUCUCCGAGAACGAUCAGCCCGAAGGAUCUGAUAAAAGCAGCUUUAACAGUAGUGUGGCUGAUCAGCAAGCGGUACUGGAGACUGUAGCUAAGCUCACUCAUGAGAAGGGAAAUAAAAAUGAUACUCAGGAGACUAACGGCACAAAAUCUUAUCAGUUCCAAGGUGUUUUUUCCCUGGAGAAUGAAGACUCUGAGGAAACAACAACCUUGAUUGACAAAAAGGACAAUGUGUUCGUUAUGUCAAACAAGAAAUCCAAGUAUCCAGUACUUCAAGUAGAUUUGAGGUUAAUUUCUGAUUUGGUGGUUAUCAUAGUUUCUGCUGCCAUUGGAGGAAUUGUGUUUUCUUGUUUGGGGCAACCGGUGAUUGUGGGGUAUCUCCUUGCGGGGUCUCUCAUUGGUCCAGGGGGUCUCAUGUUCAUCAGUGAAAUGGUACAGGUAGAAACCGUAGCACAAUUUGGUGUUGUAUUUCUUCUUUUUGCUCUAGGGUUGGAGUUUUCUUUGGCCAAGUUGAAAGUUGUGGGGCCGGUAGCUGUUCUUGGAGGGCUUCUUCAAAUCUUAACAUUUAUGUUCUUGUGUGGCAUAAUUGCUGCGCUAUGUGGAGCUGGGUUGUCUGAGGGAAUUUUUGUUGGCUCCUUCCUAUCAAUGUCAUCAACAGCAGUAGUGGUGAAAUUUCUAGCAGAAAGGAAUAGUAAUAGUUCUCUUCAUGGUCAAGUUACAAUUGGGACGCUAAUUUUCCAGGAUUGUGCUGUUGGUUUACUGUUUGCUUUGCUCCCAGUUUUGGGCGGUCAUAGUGGUGUUUUCCAAGGGAUGGUUUCAGUGGGGAAGCUGGUGCUAGUCUUGUCAUUAUAUCUUGGCGCUUCAUCUGUAUUGUGUUGGUCGUUUGUUCCUCGCUUUCUGAAACUGAUGAUGAAGUUGUCCUCUCAAACAAAUGAGCUUUAUCAGCUGGCUGUUGUGGCUUUCUGCUUGUUAUCUGCUUGGAGCAGUGAUAAGUUGGGUCUUAGCCUUGAGUUGGGUUCAUUUGUGGCUGGAAUUAUGAUAUCAACCACUGACUUUGCACAACAUACUCUAGAUCAGGUGGAGCCGAUUCGUAACCUAUUUGCAGCUCUCUUCCUUUCAAGCAUUGGAAUGCUCAUACAUGUACACUUCCUGUGGAGCCAUGUGGACAUUCUUCUAGCAUCUGUGAUUCUAGUUAUAGUUGUAAAAACUGCUGUUGUUACUAUAGUUACUAAGGCCUUUGGAUACAGCUUCAGGACAUCAUUUAUGGUUGGAGUGUCACUUGCUCAAAUCGGAGAAUUUGCUUUUGUCCUUUUAAGCCGGGCCUCAAAUCUUCAUCUAAUUGAGGGGAAGAUGUACCUGCUUCUUCUCGGAACAACAGCCCUUAGCCUGGUCACAACUCCUCUCAUGUUUAGAUUGACUCCUGCCAUAAUGAAUUUGGGAGUUCUCAUGCACUGGUUUCCUGCUGAAGUCCCCAUAAAUAUCGAGGAGAAAGUUUCGAUGAUUGAAGCACACAACAGAAUAUUGUGACCUUUUCCGCCUAUCAAGUCUCGCAACUUCAUGAUUCAGCUGUAUGAUAUGUGAAUAUCAGGUUUCGAAUUCACUGCCAAUUCUAUUAUAAAGGUUGCAGAUGACAGAUAUCCAGAAAUUCAGGUAGCUUGGAGUUAUCAUAUCGUGUGCAUACCUAUAUUUUUGUACUCUUUAAGCAGCUUGUAAAUAGGAUUCUUUCUAGGGUUCUUCAAGUGCGAAUGCUAGUCUAUUUGGAGAAAGUUACGGCAUAUAGUAGAGUUCAGAAAUUGUAUCCUACACGGAAGAUAUGAACUUCAGAUUCAAUUUUUGAUGGAUAAUUUAUACCAAACACCACCGUUUACCGUGC